AUGAUAAUGCAUUUGUUUGUUCCCUAUCUACCAUAUUAUCUAAUUGGUUUAAUUUUCUUACAAACGGCUUUUGGUUUGAUUGAAUUAUCGCACCCAGAUAACUCCAUACCAGUGAACCGGUUUGUAACUCCGCUUCAUAUCGUACCUGAAUGGUACUUUUUAGCAUAUUAUGCGGUGUUAAAAGUAAUCCCAUCCAAAACCGGUGGUUUGUUAGUAUUUAUGUUAUCAACAUGUCAAUGA